UUUUCACAAUUUUUCCCCCCAGUACAGAAUGAGAGAUCCAAGCGGAGCAAUUUGGAAAAAAAAGACGUGACGUAAGCUAGUAAACUUGAGCCGACAACAACUUGAACUGUGCACAAGUGAAUUGUAGCUGGGAUUAAGCGGUAUUGAGGGAUUACAGUGGCGUGAUUGGUUUCCUGGGCUACGACUGGCCAGCAAAAGUGAACGUGCGAAUUUUGUAAAUAAACCGCAUGUUAUAGCAAUGGUGGGACUGCCUGCACGGGGAAAGACGUACAUUUCCAAAAAGCUGUGCAGAUACCUCAAUUGGAUUGGAAUAAAUACAAAAGUAUUUAAUCUGGGGGAGUACAGGAGGCAUGCAACAACAGCAUAUCAAUGUCACGAAUUCUUUCGUCCUGACAAUAUCAAGGCCAUGGCCAUAAGAACCCAAUGUGCUGUGGAUGCACUGAAUGAUGUCUGUCAUUGGCUUGAGAGUGGUGAUGGUGAAGUAGCUGUUUUUGAUGCCACCAAUUCGACGAUUGAGCGCCGACAAAUGAUUCACAAUAUUGUCGUUGAAAAAAUGGGAUUUAAACUAUUUUUCGUUGAAUCUGUAUGUGACGAUCCGGAAAUAGUAGAGCAGAACAUAAUGGAGGUAAAAGUGAGUAGUCCUGACUAUGCUGAUAUGAACAAAGAGGAGGUGUUGGCAGAUUUCAUCAAGAGAAUUGAGCAUUAUCAAGAGAAGUAUCAGCCUCUCGAUGAGAGUAAAGAGAGUGAAUUGUCGUUCAUGAAGAUUUAUAAUACAGGAGAGAAAGUACUUGUGUAUAAACACGAGGGGCAUAUACAAAGCAGAAUAGUCUAUUACUUAAUGAAUAUACAUAUUGUGCCACGAACAAUUUAUUUAACGAGACAUGGUGAGAGUGUUAUGAAUCUUGAAGGGAGAAUUGGGGGUGAUUCUGAUUUGAGUGAACGGGGAAAAUUGUAUGGGAAGGCAUUGGCACAGUAUAUUGAUGAGCAGGAUAUACAGGGAUUGAGGGUAUGGACGAGUUGGUUGAAAAGAACUAUUCAAACAGCAGCUGACGUUAAUGCACCACAAGAGAGGUGGAAGGCUCUCAAUGAAAUCGAUGCUGGUAUCUGCGAAGAAAUGACGUACGAGGAAAUAUCCAGCAAAUAUCCAACGGAUUUUGCAGCAAGGGACCAAAAUAAAUUUUCAUAUCGUUAUCCAAGAGGAGAAAGUUACGAGGAUUUAGUUGCAAGACUUGAGCCAGUGAUAAUGGAAUUGGAGAGACAAGGAAAUGUUCUUGUCGUAACACAUCAGGCUGUACUUCGAUGUCUCCUUGCCUAUUUUCUCGAUAAAAGUGCAGUCACACUGAAAUUUACAGAUGAACUGCCAUAUUUGCAAGUACCUCUGCACACUAUUAUGAAAUUAACACCAGUGGCGUAUGGCUGUAAAGUCGAACGAAUUCGAUUGCCCAUCGAUGCAGUGGAUACACAUCGACCAAAACCAAAGAUUCCAGGCUAUUUGGAUGAACGAUACAGGAGCAAAGGGAGAAAUCUUCACAUCUGAUAACGAUCUAAUGAUUCAUUAAAUAUCCAUCAAUUAUUUCCACUUGUUCUUUUCGUUUCUGUCUGAUUAUGAUUGACUAUUUGUUCAAGUCAUAUUGUUUACUAGAAAAUUAUAAUAGGAGCAUUUUGUUGAGACAGCUGGCUGUCCUUAUGAUGAGCUUAUUAAAGUAAUAGUGCCAAAUUAGUUUCUAUUCAAUGAAUGAAGUAUUUUUAUUGAUCAGGGGAUAAUCGAUAGUGGAAUCGUCAUCAAAAUGUUGUAGAAUAGGUUGUGAUUUUCUUGUGAAAUUGCGAAUAAUGUGAUACAAGUGCUCAAGAGUGAUUACGAAAAUGGCUAAUCCUUGUUUCAAUUGUCAGUUACAAUUCUUUGCUGCAUUAUUAAUGGAUGCGAGUUGGAAUAUCGAAUUGUUUUUCCUUCACGCACUCGUAUGUGCGUCUGAAAUAUUCAUAUCCAGAUGAAAAAACUUCUAUGAAAUAAAUACAGCCGCAUGCGUUUUGUCUAUUCGCAUAUUCAGGCUUUGAUCCAUCGAUACUUUCAUCUACAAAUUCACCAUAAUAUGUCACAAUAUUUACAAUAUUUACCAUGUGUGUAAAUAAUACAUGUUUAUUCAUUAAAUUAGAUUCAGUCAGAAUCUUGGAAAUGCUUUCUACUCUGAUCCUUAAUCGAUGGAUAAAUUUCACAACUGUUGUUGCAAUAUUUAAUAGUAAUAAAUAUUAACAUUUAUCUUGAAAGAAGGAAACAGAUAAUUGCGAGGAGUAAUAAUUGGAACAAUCAAAUAAUUAUUAUAAAUUAUAGAAUAAUUUCUACUCUGCGUUAAUAAUUCAAUAAAAAUCAUCGCAACAUCAUGUCA